AGAGAGAUAAAGAAAGAAAAGAAGAAAGAAAAGAGAAAUAAACGAAGGAAGAAAGGAGGAAAGAAAGAAAAAAGGAAAGGAAAGAAGAGAAAGAAAAAAAAGAAGAAAAGAGAACAUUUGAAGCGUAGUAAAUUUUCAAGGCGGACGAUUGGCUGGCCUGCAGGGAUUUGGCAGUUGCUCCAAGAUGGCGGACUCGGUUGGUGUGCGACGGGCACGAGCUGAAAAGUAUCGUGAACGUAAGAAGUUUGCGAUCCUGUGUUAAACUGGGAGUGCCGAAAACGCCCAUAGAAGGGAGAAUAUUCGGUGAGAAGGUGGGAACGUUCAGAUACGAGAGGUAGGAGGAAUAUCAGUGAUAUAAGCCUGAGUCUUCAUGCGCGGCACGGGCCGAAAAGCCGCGCCUAUCCAUCACACGCACCGUCAAGGACAAAAGUCGCGGUUAUAAAAGAUACGAAAUGAGUCGAGUAAUUGUGAUCGCUUCUCGUUAUCCCUUUGGAAAAUCUUGGAAAAGCAAAUACGUGUGCCAGCCCGUGCCGCACCACUUACCCUUGAGCACGUUUCCUCGUAUCUGAAGAAUUAAUUUGAAAGAAAAUCGGCGUUAGGAUCGACGACAAGGAUAAAAGGUAGAAACAAACAUAAAGAUUAUUAGAAUCGACUGCAAACGAGAAAAAAACAAAAGAAGCCGAAGAACAAUAAAUAAUAAGAAAAUAAAAAAGGCGGGAUAUAGGCGGCAAAAAAAGAAACAACAGAAAAAAAGAUAGAAGGAUAGAAGAAAAGACAGUAAGGAAGUAAGAAAGAAUCAUUGAAGAUUAAGGGAAAACCGGAAGAGACAUGGCCACGAUGGCUGGUAGUGAGUACACAUCUGUGAAGGAUUUCUACAGAGACCGUUCUAUCUUCAUCACUGGUGGUACCGGUUUCAUGGGCAAGGUCCUCGUUGAGAAACUCUUACGUUCGUGUCCUGGUAUAAAAAACAUUUAUUUGCUCAUGAGGCCAAAGAACGGACAAGAUGUACAGCAAAGGUUGCAAGAAUUACUCGAUAUACCGUUAUUCAAGGAGCUACGAUGUAAUUUCCCUCAUGCUCUUUCAAAAAUCGUGCCUGUAGCAGGGGAUGUUACGGAACAGGAACUCGGCAUCUCGGAAGCGGAUAGACAGACAUUGAUACAAUGUGUAUCGAUCGUCUUUCAUUCGGCCGCAACAGUAAAAUUCGACGAGGCCUUGAAACUUUCGGUCACUAUAAAUAUAUUAGGCACCCAACGUCUCAUUCAAUUGUGUCAUAGAAUGCAUAAACUGGAGGCUCUCAUUCACGUGUCAACGGCGUAUUGCAACUGCGAUCGAAAGGACGUAGCCGAGGAAAUAUAUCCACUUGCUAAGGAUCCCGAACAGGUAAUCUCCUGGACCAAGUCAAUGGAUGACGAGAUGAUCGAUGAAUUAACACCGAAAUUGAUAGCGAGUCGACCAAAUACUUAUACUUUUACCAAAGCUUUGGCGGAAAAAAUGCUACAAGGAGAAAGUGGUUCUUUACCAGUCGCGAUUGUUAGACCUUCGAUCGUAUUGUCAGCUUUGAGAGAACCAGUCGCUGGUUGGAUAGAAAAUUGGAAUGGUCCUACUGGGAUCAUAGCAGCAGCUGGGAAAGGAUUCUUCAGAACGAUGUUGUGCCAUGAGAAUAAAGUAGCCGAUCUAAUUCCAGUUGAUAUAGUGAUCAAUCUAAUGAUAUGCGCUGCAUGGAAGACAGCGACGCAUCGUACUGGUACCAUCACCAUUUACAAUUGUUGUUCUGGCCAACAGAAUCCUAUCACCUGGAAGCAAUUCGUCGAUUUAUCCUUCAAAUACAGUCGGAUGUAUCCAGUGAACAAUGCGUUUUGGUAUCCAGGUGGUCGUUGCCGUAGUUCCAUGCUUUUAAACAAAGUGUGCGUGAUCUUCCAGCACAUGCUACCCGCGCAUAUCUUAGAUCUUCUAGCUCGUCUAAAGGGCUCGCGACCAAUAAUGGUCCGCAUACAGGCAAAACUUUGCAAAGCCACUAAAUGCUUGGAAUACUUCAGUACGAAUCAGUGGAACUUCAGGGAUUCUAACGUGAGGAGAUUAGGAGAACAACUGAGUCUCGAUGAUCGGCAGACGUUUAUGUUCGACGUCAAACAGAUCGAUUGGCCGUCGUACUUGGAGCAAUACAUAUUGGGAAUUAGACAGUUCAUUCUGAAACAGAACCCGAACACACUGCCAGCUGCCCGCUCACAUAUAACAAAAUUAUAUUGGCUUCACAAAGCAGUACAGUUUGGAAUGCUGUUACUAGUACUACACGUUCUGUUGUUACGUAGCUCUAUAGCCCGUUCUGCCUCUUAUUCGCUCUUGUCUAUCAUACUCCGCAUGUGCCGCAUGAUUGUUUGACGGCUCAGAACCCCGGCCAACGAAUGCGAUAAACAUAAUACAAAGCAGAAGCUAAUCAUGGAGCAUAAUUUAAAGGUGCGAAUUGUUCUUCGACCAUACUGCUCAGCCUCCCCGACGAUAAAGCGCUAUCUUUACUCCCAUGAGUUGGCCUUUUCGACGUUUCUAUUUGUUCGUAAAUAUUAGUAAUGACUAGGAAUUAUUUAAUGAAGAAUGUCGGUUACCGAGCAAUGCAAGAACAGGGUAUGAAAUAGGUGAAUGUUCCCACAAUAUGGUAGUGGCAUAACAACAAUUUUUAUGCCGAUAAGAAAAUGAGAGAUAGUAAUAUUUACAAAAAA